UGAUAAUUCGGUAUGGAGGAAUUGCUCACUUAUUCUGUAUCUAUUCUCAAUGAACAGUCAGUCGUACAAUCGCUUAUGGGCAAAAUGCGUUUCAAGAUGUGCCGCGUCUUGCUUCUCAUACUUGUCUGCGUUUUUAUCUUCAUAGAUGCCGCAAUCACGGCGUGCAUCACCAGUAGAUACGAGGAUGGAUUUGGCGAGCGUCUAAAAUGCUCCAACGUGACGUUAAGCACUGCUCUACUUUUUGGCGGAUCGAUUGUGGACGACAUCAUGAUUUUCCAAUCGCGGAUAGAAAAUAUUCCCGAUCGGUCAUUUCUAAGAUACAAUAAAAAUCUAGCUUCUUUGAAUAUGCACGACUGUGGCAUUAGGGAAAUUUCCGAUUACGCAUUCGACAGUCUAAGGAAACUGAAAAAGCUUAGCCUGUCGUACAAUUACAUCACAUCGAUAAAAGAUCAGUGGUUCGUCGAUCUGACAUCUCUGCAGGGAUUAGACCUAUCAUACAAUCUUAUCACAUCGAUCGAGUCUACAGUCUUCGAGAAAUUGCGAGGUCUCAAAUGGCUCGACGUCAAGGAGAAUCGUUUAACGUGUCUGGAACCGACACAGCUUGUACCAAUGGCCAGCCUCGAGAAACUCCGCUUCUCUGGAAAUCCCCUCACUUUCCAGUGUCGUGGCACGUUGACGUUGUGGCUGCAAGAUCUGGGUAUAAGUUAUAAAACCGAUCAACGUGAGGAGGAAAACUGGCUGGAUAAUAUAUUGUGGCUCUGCGCCACAGACAACGUUAAGAUAGCCGAUUCUGAAGUUUUUAUGAAAGAAUGUGUCAUCCUGAAUCUGUUCAAUCAACUUCGUACAGGUUUGACUACGGCCGAAUCUUUUCCCCUGUCUAUCCCUCAGGAAUGUAUAGAUGCGAGACACGAACUAACAAACUGUGUCGCUGCGGAUCGCAAACAUGGCAGAGAAGUUAUUACUAAUGGACACGUCGUAAGAAAACUAUUAGGGCAGCUGCAAGAAUUGAAAUCGAUUGUAUAACGCAAUAGAUAUAUAUCAGUUUUUUUUAUAUCAAUUUUAAUCUAAAAAUU